AUGUUGCCCGUGUGUUUUCCAGUAAAUUCUUUUGUGUUCCGCCGAAUUGUGUCGUUCGCGUUAACCACUUCAACUAGUGCGAUAAUGAAGUGGGCUUACAAAGAGGAGAACAACUUCGAAAAGAGACGUGCUGAAGGUGACAAGAUCAGGAGGAAAUAUCCGGACAGAAUUCCCGUCAUCGUAGAGAGAGCCCCUAAAUCUCGUCUCCGAGACCUUGACAAAAAGAAGUACUUGGUGCCAUCGGAUCUCACAGUUGGGCAGUUUUACUUCCUGAUCAGAAAGAGAAUACAUCUUCGACCCGAAGAUGCGCUGUUUUUCUUUGUGAAUAACGUCAUUCCACAAACCAUGACAACGAUGGGUCAAUUGUACCAGGACCAUCAUGAGGAGGAUUUGUUCCUUUACAUCGCAUACAGCGACGAGAGCGUCUACGGAGGCAAAUAGGCUGACGAAGCUUUGGAAAUCAGUAGUGGCCCUAUUUGCUAGCAUUAUCGAAUUGACCUCACAUGUUCUGGUAUCAUUCAAAUUACAACACACGGUUUUCUUACGUUUUCUCCCUCCACAAUGAGCUAACUGACUUGUUGAGGCUGUUUGUAUUUUCGGCCACUAAAUCUUGUUAACUUUUAGCAACAUGAGGUCUAAAAAUCGUAAAAAAAAAGAAAUAUUGAAGUCUUCUUCUGCAUUCUUUGCAAGUGAAUUGUGCUUUUUUCUUUUUUCUUCUCUCUUUUUCUAAAUCGGAGUUGUCUGUAGCUUGUUUAGUUUGUAAGGAGUUCACGUGGACGAGCGUAAGAAUUGCGGAGCAAUCCGCUUUUUCUUCAAAGGACAUGGGCUCCCGGGUCUUCCUUCGAUAAUAGGCACUAAAUUCCAUACCACUGAUUUUCUGCAUCCGUACUGUAUAUACGUAUGUUUUUUUCGUAACUUCUGUACAGUUUCAUCAUUUUUUAUAAGCGUACUGGAA